CAUAUUAUAUAUACUGGACUCGCAUGUCCUUCACGCCUUACUUCUCAGUUCCCUACUCAAUAUAUAUUCAAAUCCGUGGUCACUCUCUUCUAUUCCUUCUCUUCAGGUUACUUGAAUUGACCAUGUCGGGCAGAAAAGAAACGGUUCUAGACCUUGCGAAGUUCGUAGACAAAGGCGUUCAAGUUAAGCUUACUGGUGGAAGACAAGUUACAGGGACUCUAAAAGGGUAUGAUCAGUUACUUAACCUUGUCCUAGAUGAAGCAGUGGAGUUUUUAAGAGAUCCUGACGAUCCUCUCAAAACUACCGAUCAGACCAGACAACUUGGCCUAAUUGUUUGUAGAGGAACUGCUGUCAUGCUUGUGUCCCCAACUGAUGGUACAGAUGAAAUCGCCAACCCCUUUAUACAGCCAGAUGGGGCUUAAAUUUCAAAUAUUUAUUCUCUAAGUUUCUGUGCUAGCUGAUCAAUACGCCAUUACGUUGCUAUUGAGCCAUUAAUGUGGAGAUUCUGGCUAACAUUUGUCUAAUUUGUAAGCUUGGAUAGUUUUUGUAUGUUUUGAAUUAAUAGAAUACCAUACAUUGCUUGAGAA